UAAACAUCUAACGGCUCAGUUGUUUGACUUGUGUUUUGAAGUUGGAGUUAGAAAUGGCAUCCACUAGCUACGAUAGCAUUGAGAAGAUCUGGUCGGGACCCAAAGACAAGGAGUACUAUGGACCCGACAUGACCCUGGGCGAGGUAGCUCUGCUCAUACUCAAGCUGCAUGCGGACACUGUGAUGCAGGUCUUUGAUCCGACCGGCGAGACUCUGACCGGAGCUCAGCUCUACGAGCAAAGUCGUCGCUUAGCUCACGCCUUUCAGCACUUAAAUCUGCAUCGGGGCGAUGUGGUUGGCAUUUCCGCCAAGAACACCACUUACCUCACAGAGGUGGUGAUUGCAGCUCUACUAAGCGGCACGCCCAUCAAUCCUCUCCAUCCGGAUUUUGAUAAGGAAACAGUUGCCUAUAUGUACGAAAUAACCAAGCCCAAGGUCAUUUUCUGCGACGUAGAUAACUACGAGACCUUGGCGGCGGUUAAGGAAAGCUUAAAAUUCAAAACGGAGCUCAUUUUACUCAGUGGCAAGCUGCCCGGAGUGCGUAAUAUAGAAGAUCUGCUAAAGGAUGGCGCCGAAGGCUACGAUCCCAAGACGCUCUUUGCCUGUCCACAUCUCUGUGGCGAUGACACGGCCUUCAUCAUCAGCUCCUCGGGUGUAACCGGUUUGCCAAAGGGCGUCACGCGCUCGCAUCGCAGUCUGCUAAAUAAUACCAAAAUCCCUCAACUGUUUACCGCGAAGACUGUGAUAUUCUGCAUUAGUCCUUUGUACUGGGUCUCCUGCAUUUUCACUCUGCUCGUCUCGCUGGUCAAUGGCUGCAAGCGCGUAAUAACGAACAAGCCCUUCAGCGUUGAAUACUUUGCCGAGGUCGUGUCACGUCACCAGGUCACCUUCGUGAUCACCGUGCCACACCACAUGGCGCUUCUGGCUAAGAGCCCACGCACGGAUCUGGUAGAGAAGCUGGCGUCGGUGCAAUCGUUCGUCUGCAGUGGCUCCAAGCUUCCACUUACCAUUUGGAACCGACUGUAUGAACUACUCGGCAGUGACAGAUUCUCGGUGCUCUAUGGCCUGUCGGAGGUUGGCGGCGUUAGCAAGAAUAUUGGCGGCCCGGUGGGCUGCGAGGGCAAGCUCUUGCGUAACAUCCAAGUGCGCAUUUUGGAUGAGAGGGGCAACGCUCUGGGUCCCAAUCAUACGGGCCACAUUCACAUCAAACUGAAUCAGCGCUGGGGCGGCUACUACCACAAUCCGCAGGACACCCAGACAACGGUUACCCCCGAUGGCAAAUGGUUGCUGACUGGCGACCAUGGCUACUUCGAUGACGAGGGCUGCCUGCACUUCCAGACCCGUGACACCGACGUCUUCAAGUACAAUCACUUCCCUGUCUACCCCAAGCAAAUCGAGGAUAUCAUACAGCACCUGCCUGGGGUCCAUGAGGUUGCCAUCUUCGGUGUACCCGACGAUGUGUCCACAAAUCUGACUGCCUGCGCUGUGGUGCGAGAACAGAACGAAGACGGCCAAAAGCUAACUGCGGAUCAGAUCAAAGCAAUUGUCGCAGAGCAUCUGAGUGAGGCCUAUCACCUAAAAGGCGGCGUUUACUUUGUGGACCAGCUGCCCAAGACGACGAACAACAAAAUACAAAGACGUCGCAUUCUAGAAGAGCUUAAGCAGAAAUGUGGCAUUACGGCCUUAUAAAGAAUACAAUUGUCAAUAA